ACUCACAACGACAGGUUGUUGACGGUCUGUUAUGAGGAAGAGACGCGUGAUUCAAUUACAGCUAUUACGAGCUCCAUAAGACAUUAUGUAGGACUGAGCAUUUGUGCCGAAUGGCAGCGAGCAGUAUUGUUGGAAACAUCGAGACUUCUGGAAAACAUCAAGAGAUCUAACAGAGGCUCCUGUGUUAUUUGGUUAGACACUAACAAACUUCAUUCUUUCCUAUUAUACCGGAGUCUUAAUCAUGUUUCUCUUCAGAACUUGGUCAACUGUAAGACUGGUCGCCGUUUUACUGAGUUUGGGGAUUCACCAGAGCAACUGGAAGGCAGUGGAAACGAUUCAUCCAGCAUGUGCUGUGGUAGCUGAGCAUAUGAAAGCUCGAGAGCAAUGCAAUCAGACUCAAAGACAAGAGGCCCGCAACAGCAACAAUAUCACUGGAUGUCGUACAGAGUGGGAUGAUUUUUGGUGCUGGUACAGGGCAGAGGUCGGACAGGUUGUCAACGUCUCCUGUUACGAAGUGUCUCAGUUCUUCGCGAUUAAUCAUGGUUUCAUAAUUAGGAAUUGCACCAAGACUGGCUGGACAAAAAUCUACCCAUCCUAUGAGAAUGCUUGUGAGAUUGUGGAGGACGUGGAAUCAGAAACCGAGACAUCAUAUUAUUCCACUUUCAGGCAGGUGUACACUGCAGGUUACGCUACCUCGCUGAUUUCCCUCAUCUCUGCCAUCUUUGUGUUUACAGCCUUCAGGAAGUUCCACUGCACAAGAAACUACAUUCACAUCAAUCUCUUUGCCUCCUUCAUCUUGCGAGCCAGUGCGAUCUUCAUCAAAGAUGCAGUUCUCUUUGCCGAUGAGAAUCUGGACCACUGCUUCAUGUCAACAACCUCUUGCAAGGCGGCGGUAGCUUUCUUCCAGUUCAGUAUCCUGGCUAACUACUUCUGGCUGCUGGUGGAGGGGAUGUAUCUACAGACUCUUCUAGCUCUAACUUUUGUCUCACAAAAGAAGUAUUUCUGGUGGUAUAUACUUAUUGGCUGGGGUCUACCAACACUAAUACUGGCCAUCUGGGUUCUAGCCAGGAAUUUUUUGGAUAACAGGGGGUGCUGGGAUGACACAGAUGUUGCUUACUUUUGGUGGAUUAUCAAAGGACCAAUCACAGUGUCUCUCCUGAUCAAUUUCUUCAUCUUCAUAAAUGUGAUCCGGAUUCUUGUGCAGAAGCUGAAGUCUCCAGGAAUGGGUGGCAGUGAUACCAACCACUUCAUGAGAUUGGCCAAGUCUACCCUUUUCCUGAUCCCUCUGUUUGGCAUGCACUACAUGGUUUUUGCCUUCCUGCCAGAGAACACAGGAGAAAACGCUCGCCACUUUCUUGAACUUGGCCUGGGCCCCUUUCAGGGUUUUGUUGUGGCUCUGUUAUACUGUUUUCUCAAUGGAGAGGUACAAGCAGAACUGAAGAAGAGACUGUGGAAGUGGCAGACACAAAAUUAUUUGAGAUACAGUAAGAGAAGGCGAACCCUCUUUACUGAGAGCAGCACAGUCACACAAAUCUGA